GGCGGGCCGGCCCGGGGCGCGUAGCGGCGCCGGGGAGCUGGAACUUCCCGGGAGGGGCGCUCUCUCGUCCCCACCCCGCCCCCCGGCCAGGUGCCAGCCAGGCCGGGCUCUGGGGACCAGGUGUGGACGUUGGGGGCGGCGGGGUUGAGAAGCGGUGUUUUCUCUCGGUGAUAUACCCCAAAGUGGCUCCGUGGCCGCGGGUUCGGUCAGCCGGCCGUGGCCUGCCCGGAGCGCGCAGCCUGGAGGCGCCUGGCGCGGGGCGGGUGGUCCCGGCAGAGACUCCGGAGCGAGGAGCCGUGGGCGCGGCGGCGGGCAGAGGCCUGCGAGGCGGCCCUCCGAGGGCUCGGUGUGGACAGAGGGCGGGCGGCCGGCCGGCCGGCCGGAGCCGGGCGGCGCGGGUAGACUGGGAAGGACGCAUCGGAUGAGGGGCUGGGGCGAGGGUGGUGGCGCGGAAGCCGCUGGGCAGGGGCAGCUGGUGAGCCCCUGAAGGCCUCUCACGAACAUCCUUGCGCCCGGCCUCCGAGAAGCCCGGGCCGGAGCCGGCUUUUGAAGGUUCCUGGGAUGAGCUCGCCCAGGGCGGGGCGUGGAACGGAGGAGACUCCGUAGCGUACCUGUGUGCCGAUGAUCGAUGAGUUUCUUUGGCAGAAAGGGAAUCCCCUGGAGAUCUGCACGCUCUGUGAGGUGGGGGCAUGGAGCGUGGGUGGCUGGGGUUGGCUUCGCUCACGCCAGACUCUGGGUCCCAGGUGCAGACUGGUGGCUCCUGGCCUCGGCGCCCUGCACGGCCUGAGGCCCCGCCAUGGCCCAGCAGAGAGCCCUGCCACAGAGCAAGGAGACGCUGCUGCAGUCUUACAACAAGCGUCUCAAGGAUGACAUCAAGUCCAUCAUGGACAACUUCACCGAGAUCAUCAAGACCGCCAAGAUUGAGGAUGAGACGCAGGUGUCGAGGGCCACUCAGGGCGAGCAGGACAAUUACGAGAUGCACGUGCGAGCCGCCAACAUCGUCCGAGCCGGCGAAUCCCUGAUGAAGCUGGUGUCCGACCUCAAGCAGUUCCUCAUCCUCAACGACUUCCCAUCGGUGAACGAGGCCAUCGACCAGCGCAACCAGCAGCUUCGGGCGCUGCAGGAGGAGUGUGACCGGAAGCUCAUCGGCCUGCGGGACGAGGUCUCCAUCGACCUGUACGAGCUGGAGGAGGAGUAUUACUCGUCCAGCUCAAGUCUUUGCGAAGCUAAUGAUCUGCCUCUAUGCGAAGCUUACUGGAGGCUGGACCUCGACACAGACUCCACUGAUGGCCUCUCGGCCCCUCUGCUGGCAUCCCCAGAGCCCAGCGCUGGCCCCCUGCAGGCUGCAGCCCCUGCCCACUCCCAUGCUGGCGGCCCCGGCCCCACGGAGCAUGCCUGAGCCUCCCAGGGUUCCCUCCCUGGGCCCCUAAGAUCUUAGGAAUGAAAUCCAGUGUUCCUCUCUGGGCCGCCACAGCCUCACUCCUUUCAGCCUUGCUUCCCACUUAGGGAGCCGCUAUGGUUUCCUUGAGAACUUUUCAGCCCAGGGAAGGUCCACCCAGGAGUGUUGGGGAAAAAUAGUUCCCCCAACCAAUUGCGGGGUGGCCCUCCCUACCCUCGAAUUGUCACCUCCAUUUGCUGCCUUGCUGGCCGGUUGGGUGGAAGGAAGUUUCCAGGACAGUUUGUCCUGUUGAGGACCUACCAGCAGGGCAGGCAGGGAGGAUGCCCAGUGUCGGGAGACCUGCCCUGAGCAUGGUUUAAAAUGCAGGGGGGCUCAGUGGACAGUACUGGCCAAGGCCAGACUCCCACUUUCAGGCCAGGCCUCCUGUGCAGAGCUGCCCACUACCUCGCCCUGGGGGUCCCUGCACCAGCUGACUGUUCCUGCAGGGCCGUUGUGGGAUAGGGGGGCUGCCUGCUCACGCAGAAGCCAGGCAGCGGUCCUUCCUAAUUCUGCUGUCAUACACAUUCUGGUUAUUUUUGUAACGAGACUGUUGAAUAAAACCAGUACCACCCA